CAGUAACGCAAGCCAAAGCCUACAUACCCCAAUACCAUCGCAAGACCGCAUUCAGAAUGGGACGCAACUACAAGAAGACCUUGAAGAAGCCGACCAAGAUCGACUAUACGAUAUCCCAGGGGCAAAUUGGCCGCAAUCCUGGACCCACGAAGGCGCAGAAGCGGGUGUACGAUCUGGGUGCUGCCAGCAUAAUUCCGGUUAGUCAGUCGGUUUGUCCAGCAACCCCGAUCGGAAGCCUCGCACCGCUUUUCCCAUCGUCUUACACGAACCGCCGAUUGACACUGGCCAAUACGGGUACGCUUCUCAAGGAGUUCAAGCGCUUCAGAGAGAGGGGCAUAUCCAGGUUUGGUGUCGAGGUGGCAUACAGCCUUACAAAUGCCUUGCUGAAGGAGAUUCCCCCUUAUGUGAACGCCCACGGCCUCGUCAGUUUCGUCGUCAAUGGCCAGGAGAUCGAGCCAGAGACGCUAUCGCAACUCUAUCGGGUGCUUGGUGUUACGGACGCACCGGGCCUCGUCAGUGCGAGGAUUGCUCUUCAGGGGUCACGGCAGAAAUCAUCGGAGCCUAAUCUAUACGUCUUUCUCAAGCAAGCUGAUGCGCUUACGCACCUCAGCCUCUGCCUUCCCUUUGGCGACAAGCUGGCCCUCCGAGCGUACCUCUUCUCCGAGGAAGCUUCCCGCCUCGUCUCGUUGGAGAUAGAGUCCACGUCUAACGUCCAGGACCAAAUCUUCGAGGGCUUGAUGGACCCGUCCUCUCACUGCUUGGCCAGUCUGCGCCGCCUCUGCUUGCGACUCACCGGCAAGAAAGGUUUGGAAGUCGACCUGCUCUUGGAGACGCUGUGGCAGCGCCAUCAUUGGCAGGGGGUUACUGGUCCUCUGCACGUCGAAGUCGUGGAAGAGGUCGACGAUGAAAUACGCGAAAAGGGGCUCCAGAUGGGCAUUACCUUCGGCGAGCCGGAUAUUUUUCGCCAUGUUUGAUUCUAUGUACUUUCUUCUAUCCUAUUGUGUAUGCUUAACGAAUUUUCUCCUCCUCCAACUCAUGUACUUUACGAAUCCAUGUCUGUUGUAAUGUCGUCGAAGUGUAGCGCAG